AUGGCCUCGGAAUCUCGCUCACUCGGCGAAUACCCGCCGGAGCUGUUUUCUGUCAUUUCUGCUCACGUCUACGCUGCUGGCUGCCCCCCUCCGACGCCCUCCCUCGACCCUGUUCUGCAUACCGAAGGUGAUGUACCGACUACCCUUCCGUCUUCAUACCCUCCUGCGUACUGGGCGGAGUCCGUCUCCAAGCGUACGCUAAAAAAUCUCUGCCUCGUGAGCCAUGCAUGGUACGAGGCUGCGAAGCCGUGGCUAUGGCGCAAGGUUGAAGUCAGCCUGCCUCGCAACUGGCUCGCCCUUGUGGACGAGAUCGCGGGGGGCGAAGGCGAGGAUUCGGAGCAGGAGCAGACCGCACUCAUCCUUGGGCAGACUAUCCACGCGGCGGAGACAGCCGCCCUCGUGCAUGAAAGCACGGACAAGGUAUCCGCUCUCGAGCUGCACGCAAAUGUUCUCCGCAGGCUCAGCACUCCGGACGGAUCUAUCCCGCCGAAUUGCUCACCUAGCCCGAGGCGCCUGCGACAGAAGAGCAAAAGUCCGCCACGAUGGAAACUCAUCCGCUCAUCACACGAAAAUCCUGGCAUGUACGUCCCGUCUCUAGAGAUUUCUCACGUCGGCCGUUAUGUGCGACAUCUCGAUUUCAACCACUUCCGCACCAUCGGCAUGAGGCGCUCUGUAGAGGAAGGCGUCAACAACCAAUCCGUUCUCAAGGAAAUGCCGAGCCUCCUGGCCUUUGGCGCGACCGAGUACAUGGACGGAGCGCUCACGUUCUCUGUGUUGAAGGAGCUCCUCUUGAGAGGGCCAUCACGAGGGCGCGACCUCGAAGAGGAGCGCGAACGGCGACGCGAAUGCAAGGAGCUGGAGGCUAUCGACCUCACCGGUUGCAUCAGCGCCGUAUUUGUCAACGCUCUUACCAGUUCGUCACCGGCAUCUGCUCGAAGGCUCAGAGGGCCGGCGAGUGACACCUCUCAUCUUCCUGGGUUGCAGCGGCUCGGCCUGCGCGGUGUCAAGUCCAUCCAGCCACACAUUUGCAUCCGUUGUGCUGGCGUUCCCGUCCUCACGCACCUCGAUCUCUCUUGCACUCGCAUCACUCCCGACCUACUUAUCAUGCUCGGGACAUCCACCACGAUUCACCUGCAGUCGCUCUCACUGGAGCGAUGCAACUGGCUCACGGGCGAGAGUAUCCGCCACUUCCUCGUACACGCCCCUUGCACGAGCGAUAUCCGCCAACUCAGUUUGUACGGCGAUCCGACGUGGCCCUCCCCGCUCUCCGUCGAAGACCUGGACGACGUUCUCGCGAACGCUCCCUGCUUCACUAGCGGCAAUGCGCCGUUGACUCGUGCACACCUGCGCGACGUCGCUCCCCAGCCGAAUCUCCGCUCGCUUGGCCUGUCUUACAUGCGCGAGCUCGAGCUCGGUGUGGUGGCGGACUUUGUUAAAACAAAGGCGCCCAACGUGGAGGUACUCACCCUCGUGGCGAGCACGCCCGAGCUCGGGUAUGGCUCACAGCGUGUGCCGAUCAUCCGACCGCUGUGCACGCCACCUUUCUCGUUCAGCCUGAAUCCGAGCAAGAGAAAGGCGGUCGAGCCACCAACACGUCUGCGCGUCAUCGAGCUCGCGGCGUCGCUGCUCGCUAGUCUCGGCUCAGGCGCCAGCUCGUGGCGGGUUGUCAAGAGCAAGGGCGGCAGGGCUUGGUACGUCGACGUGGCGAGUGGUUGGGUGGCGGAACUCGGCGGCGAAAACGACGCUAGCGUCCUGAAGAGGGACCUACCGUCUGGGCACCCGUGGCGACUUGCUCUCGAACGUUUGUCAGACGCUAAUGGAAACGUCAGCAGUGGCAUAGGGUGGCACUCCCGGAAGUUGGAGGUGCUGCACGGCCAUGGACUUCUCGGGCGGGAAGCAGGGCUGUACGGCGCAGUAUCCUUCGCUUAUCAGGGGUAG